AUGGGUAAAACCUUAGUCCUGGACUCCAGAAAUGAAAAUGCCAAGGAAGAGAAUAGGAGGGGAAAAAUAAGAGAAGGCAGUCUGGAGAUGACAAAGAAAUCAGCUAUUUUUUCAUUGUCAACUGAUCUAGUGAAAAACCAAAAGGAGAUUGUAAACAAACACAAUGAAUUUAGAAGAUCAGUUUUUCCGCCUGCCACCAACAUGCUAAGAAUGCAAUGGUGUAAUGAAUCAGCACGAAAUGCCCAAAACUGGGCAGAGAAAUGCACUUUGGAACACAGUUCAAAGGAUCAGCGAAGAAUCAGUAUUGGUUGUGGUGAGAAUAUCUAUAAGGCAAGUUAUGCAGCUUCGUGGUCAAAAGUAAUCGGUUUUUGGAAUAGUGAGUACGAGAAUUUUAUAUUUGGUACCGGACCAAAGACUAAUAAGUCAGUGAUUGAAGAUUAUGCACAGGUUAUUUGGUAUUCAUCUUGGCGUAUUGGAUGUGGAAUUUCCUAUUGUGCAAAUGCAAGUGAAGAAUAUUUCUAUGUUUGUCAUUACUGUCCUGGUGGUAGUAAUAAGAACAAGUUAAGCAUGCCUUAUGUCCGUGGAAAAUGUUGUGGUGCCUGCCCUAAUGACUGUGACAAUGGACUAUGCAGAUCUAAAGAUACAGAUCUGAUUCCUGACAAAGCUGGGGAUAAGAAUGGUUUAAGGACAACUCUUCACAACAUGGAAAGAGCCAAGGUUCUUUAUGCAUACAAAGAUGUUGUCCUAGACAAAGGUGUCAGGGUUGAAAACACAUUCCUAGAAAAGCAAAAUGUGGAUUUCAUCUUUGGUACAUGA